UCGCAUUCAAAUUCUCAGUUUCAUCACAAUCCACCACUCUCUUUUCCCCAACAACUGACAUUAAAUUCUCUUCCACAGCCUCAUCACCAACCAGAUCCAUACCUCCAAAAAUCCCCCUUUCCCUCCUUUACACCAGCAAUUAGCACAAUUAAAAAAAAUCAAGAAAAGCCAACCCCUAAAACCCAAAAUCCGCUUGGAAAUCAACCUCUGGAGUGAGGAAACUGAGAGAAAAACCUGCAAUGAAGAAGAAUCAGAAGCCAUUAGAGAAGAGAGAAAGAAAAACGAAACCCUAAGAGAAGAAAGAAGAAGAGAGACGAACAGAGGGAAAUAAUUUGAAUACAAAAUAACUGUGAUCCAUUUAUAUUACUACCUUUUGGCGGGUGAUACACAGAGAAAUCUCGCGUGUGGCUGAACCGCGGAAGAGAGAUUUUGAAGAAUGGGAGAAAAACAAAGAAAGAUCUACAAUUUCGGCUAUUUUCGACCCAUCCGACAGUUCUAAUUCGAUUUUUGAAGAUAUUGAACGGUUUAAAUUUAACCCAAAGGUUGGGAGAUAAGGGUCCAGUUAUACAAAUUGGACGGUGUGGAUGUGCAUGAAUCUCCCCUCGAAUUCCUAUAUCCGGUGUCUAGGAUUCAGGGUUCAUAAUUUCAAUUUCCUGAGCAUGGUAGGAGGAGGUUCAGUAGUCAUGGCAAUGAGUAGAGCCUGGAGUAAAUUGCUUCGUUCUCGUUAUCAUCAUAUAAGUCGUUCAAUAUCUACUGCUACUAGUGCAUCUGAUCCAUUUGGUCCGCUUCCGUUAAUUCCUCAACGAAGAGUUGUUGUCACUGGGUUAGGAAUGGUGACACCACUUGGAUGUGGAGUAGAAACUACAUGGAAACGACUUAUAAAAGGAUGUUCUGGAGUUAGGGCACUUUCUUUGGAAGAUCUUAAUAUGAAAGGGUUUGAUGAAGAAACUCAGUUGCAGACAUUUGAACAAUUAACAUCUAAGGUUGCUGCUAUUGUUCCUUGUGGGAGCAAUUUUGGUGAAUUUGAUGAGGAAAUAUGGAUGAAUUCUAAGGACAAUAGGUCUAUGGCGAGAUUUAUAGCUUAUGCGCUGUGUUCUGCGGAUGAAGCUCUAAGAGAUGCUAACUGGCUGCCUACUGAACUCGAGAAGAAAGAAAGAACGGGAGUUUCUAUUGGAGCAGGCACUGGAUGCAUCAGUGACAUUUUGGAUGCAGCAAAAAUGAUCUGUGAGAAGCGUCUGCGCCGGCUUAGUCCAUUUUUCAUCCCUCGGAUAUUGAUCAACAUGGCAGCAGGUCAUGUUAGCAUGAGAUAUGGAUUCAAGGGUCCAAAUCAUGCUGCCGUAACAGCUUGUGCUACUGGUGCACAUUCAAUUGGAGAUGCUGCUAGGAUGAUUCAGUUUGGAGAUUCAGAUGUAAUGGUAGCUGGAGGAACAGAAUCCAGUAUCGAUGCUUUAUCAAUAGCAGGAUUUUGUAGAUCAAGGGCAUUGACCACAAAGUAUAAUUCUGUACCGCAAGAAGCUUCUCGCCCUUUUGAUUGUGGCAGAGAUGGAUUUGUGAUAGGUGAAGGCUCCGGUGUUAUGGUGUUGGAGGAGCUUGGGCAUGCACAAAAACGAGGAGCAAGAAUUUAUGCUGAGGUUCGAGGUUAUGGGAUGUCAGGUGAUGCAUAUCACAUUACUCAACCACACAGUGAUGGUAGAGGUGCAAUUUUGGCCAUGUCACGUGCACUAAAACAGUCUGGCCUUCAUCCUCAUGAAGUGGACUAUGUAAACGCGCAUGCGACAUCAACUCCUCUAGGAGAUGCAAUAGAAGCUAAUGCCAUAAAAUCUGUGUUUCCAAAGCAUACUUCAGGUGCUCUGGCCUUGUCCUCGACAAAGGGUGCUACAGGUCAUCUUCUGGGGGCGGCUGGAGCUGUAGAGGCGAUCUUUGCGGUUUUAGCCACAUACCAUGGAACUGCUCCUUUAACUUUGAAUCUCCAGCAACCAGAUCCAGUGUUCCAAGAUGGUUUCAUGCCUUUGACUCAAUCUAAGGAGAUGCAGAUAAGAGCUGCAAUGUCAAAUUCUUUUGGGUUUGGAGGAACAAAUGCGUCCCUGUUGUUCACGUCUGCCCCCGUUAGCUAAAACGAAUCAUCUAACCUGUACCACUACAAAAAUUCUAGUUUUGAUGUAAAUGUCUUAAUAUUUGUUGUUAUUAAACUAUUUUUCCAUGUGAUGUCCCAAUUUUGAUUCAAUAUAGUUAGUGUCUUCGUGAAAGAAAUAAACAAUACUAAAGCAUCUUCAC